CCAGAGCAUAAAUCAGUCUGUCUUCUAAACUUUCCUCACAAGGUCUCCAUUCAGUCUCUGCCUCAUUCCACAGGUCCCUUCACGGAUGUCGUCACCACCAACCUAAAGCUUGGCAACCCAACAGACCGAAAUGUGUGUUUUAAAGUGAAGACCACAGCACCACGUAGGUACUGCGUGAGGCCUAACAGUGGAAUCAUCGAUGCAGGGGCCUCGAUUAAUGUGUCUGUGAUGUUACAGCCUUUCGAUUAUGACCCCAAUGAGAAAAGUAAACACAAGUUUAUGGUUCAGUCUAUGUUUGCUCCGACUGACACUUCUGAUAUGGAAGCAGUAUGGAAGGAGGCAAAACCGGAAGACCUUAUGGAUUCAAAACUUAGAUGUGUGUUUGAAUUGCCAGCAGAAAAUGAUAAACCACAUGAUGUAGAAAUAAAUAAAAUUAUACCCACAACUGCAUCAAAGACAGAAACACCAACGGUAUCUAAAGCUCUGAGUUCUUCUUUGGAUGACACUGAAGUUAAGAAGGUGAUGGAAGAGUGUAAGAGGCUGCAGGGGGAAGUGCAGAGGCUCCGGGAGGAGAACAAGCAAUUCAAGGAAGAAGAUGGACUCCGGAUGAGGAAGACCGCGCAGAGCAACAGCCCUGUUCCUGGGUUGGCCGCGGCUGUGAAGGAGGAGGGCCUUAGCGCCCGGCUCCUCGCGCUGGUGGUCUUGUUCUUCAUCGUUGGCGUGAUCAUAGGGAAGAUCGCCUUGUAGAGGUGGCAGGCAAAGGGUGGCACACUGGAUUGAUGCCCGCCAUACCAUGGGGUUUGAAUUUAUCAUAACCAUGUGUAAAAAGAAGUUAACGUGUGAUGACAUCUCACAGGUCUUGCCUUUAAAUUACCCCCUCCCUUCGCGUGCGCACGCGUGCACAUACACACACACACACACACACACACACACACGCAAUUAUAACGUAACAAUCUUUUAGAAAGUGAAAAAUGUAUAGUAAAUGAUUGGGGGGAAAAGAAUGGUCUUUAUUAAUGACAAGGGAAACCGUGAUUAAAUUGUAAUGGCAUGUUGUAAGUGUCACUUUAAACAUUUGUAGCCUUGGUACAUGUGGCUGGGUUGAUUACCUCUCUUAGAACAAGACACUCUUCCUGCCUGUUGGUGCUGGCCCUUGGGGAGCAGGAGCCCAGUGCGGCGGGGAGGGCCGUCACCUCCACGUAGCAACCCCCACCUGUUCACUCAGCCCCGGGCUGAUGCUCCACCUUCCGCUCUGCCCUGCCCCUGGCUUUUAGUUCCUUGGGACUGAUGAACAGGGUCAGAGGCCAAUGGCAUUGUGCUGUGGUGGCGUCGGAUCUGUCUGUCAGGAGUGGGAGUGGGGAGUGGGAGGCGGAUGCUGACCGACUGACCCAAAACUUUGGAAGUGAAAGUCAAUGCUUUGUUCUCUUAAAGGGACCAAGCUAAAUUACUGUUGGUUCAUGUAGUGAGAUUGAAUUGUUAUUCAGAAAUGUUUAAUGCAUAUUUAACUUAUUUAAUGUAUCUCAUCUCAUGUUUCCAUAUUGCCACAAGAUUUAUAAUUAAUGCUGUGGCCUAAAGAUCACCUUUGCUACUUAAUGCCGGUGGGUGAUGCUGGCAUUGCUGCUGAAGGGCCGUGGGCUCCUUUCUUUGUGGAGGUUCUGGGCUCUCCGUACACGUGGAGGUGUGGUUGGUUUGAAUGUUGGAGAACAGCUGCCAGGAAGUGUUUCUCUGUGUAAAUAAAUAACUACCGUCAAAGAGAGGGAAGUUCUUAGUAGCAGCAGUGAACUCUGUUACCCUUUCAAAUGGAGAAGACUAGCCGAUCUUCUGUUCCUUCAUUGCCCCUCUACCACCACGCCUACUUCCAGCACGUGUGCCCCUGGUCUGGUCCCGACCUUUCCCAUGUGACCCUUGCUCGGAAUGGGGCGCCAGAAUGGUAGCAGACACGGAACCAGCUGGGUGGGGCGGGGGAGGGGUGAGAGGCUCUUCAGAUAAUCGUCGAGUAGUGAUGGAGAGUUUGACUGUAAAUGAAUUUUAUGCCAUAAAAGACCAAUCCAAUUCUGUUUGACUAUGUAGCAUCUUAAAAAGAAAAAAAUUAAAAUAAAGCCCCAGAAUUAAGAGUU